AUGAAGUUAAAAUUUUAUUAAUUGACUAUCCAAAUAUAUGCUAUCCUUUGCUUCAUUUAUAAUGUUUUUGGUAAAUAAGAAUCCUGUCCUAGGGUUUAAACAUACUUUGACUUUUAAGAUCUUAAUGAUCAAUUGGGCUACAAAGAAGUCACAGCGAUUACCCACAUACAGGGUUCUACAUUAGUGGCUGUAGGAACAAGAGUAGGAGCAAUUGAAAUUUGGGAUUAUGAUUCAAGAGAAAUAAUUACAAAAUUCUUUGAAGAUAAGUGGCCUAUUUCUAGGAUUGAUCAUAUAUGGCAUACAAAUCAUAUUUUAGUCAGAUAUUAAAAAAAAAAUGGAAAUUAAGUUUCAAUUUGGGAUUUAGUUACUCAAGAAAGAGUUUAGUGGCUUAUUGAUCAAGAUGAUAAAUUAGACGAUUACUCUGAAGUUGUUAAUUAUUAAGUAAUAGAUACUUAUUUGACUAGAAACGGAAAUUACUUUCUAUAAAUGUCAAUUAUGCAUGUUGUAGCUUGUGACAUUAAUAGUGUCAAUACGAAUUCCACUAAACCUGAUUGCUAAAUUUACCCCUUAAAUGAUACAAUUAAACAAGAGCAACCUCUAUACAUAUUUUCCUUUGAUAGCUAAUUUUAGGAAGUGUUUUAUAUUCUUACAAAGCAUAGUCUUUAUAAAGUAAAUAGAUUAGGUUUAUCAAUAGAUUAAAAGUUAUAUAGAGUAGAUGAUGUUAAUAAUGUGAAUAUAAUUGAUAUGAUCAGGACGCAGUAAGAUGGCAUAAUAAUGAUAGCGUUAAGCACUAAUGAGCUUAUUACACUUAAUUUGCAAACAAGUAAUGGAAGUGAAAAAAUUUAUAAAUUGUGUGAUUACCUAUAGUAUAUCAGUUUAGAUGAAUUGAUUGUACUCAAAGAAGUCAAAAGCUUUUUUUCAGAGAGUUUAGUUUUAAUAACAUUUGAAGCAAAAUAUGAAGAUUCAGAUAUUUUUGGUCAAAAAUAAUUCAUUUUAACUUAUAAUAUUGAAGAAGAUAAAGUUUUGCAGCUUGAAACAACUUAUAAUGUCAAAUUUAUAGCACCAAUAAACUAAUCAAGGUCUUUUAUAGUUACAUAUUAUGAUGAUACUUUAGGUUGGUAUGCAUAUCCAAUCAUCUAAAAAUCUAUUUAGCCCUUUGUUACUUCUCUUACUAAAAUUUCUACAAAAGCUGUAGAUUUAUAUUCAAAUUAAAAAAAAUAAAUUGUUGAUGAGGCUAUUCAAUACUUUUUACAAGAUGACCUUUAAGGAGGAAUUAUUGUUUACAGUAUCCCUGAAGAUACAGUAAAAAAAAGAGUAAAGCUCACAAUACAUGAUAAAAAUACAUAUAUUAGUGCAUUGUCAAUAAUAUUUUUAGAGGAUUAAGAAUAAUUUUUGGUUGUAACUUCUGAACUUUACAUUUUAAUCUUUUCAUACAAGUCAGAUGAUAUAGAACCUUUAUACAUUAGAGACAUUUCGUCAUAUAUAACGUAAAACCAAACUAAUAUUAGUAACACCUUUUUGAUUAAGCUCAAACAUACUAAAAGCAGUGUAGCAUUAGUUAAUUCGCAGACUUUUUUAAUUUUUGAUUUUGUUUCUUACCAAAUCGUUCACUACUUGCAAAUUAUGCUAAAUCCAUAAGAUUUAUUUUUAGAUUGUGAUUUAAUUUAUGAUAUUAAAACAAGCACUAAUAGCUCAUAUAACUAUUAUUUGGUUAUAAAUGGUAAAGAUUCUUUGAAAAUAUAUAAUUUAUCUAUACUUUAAUAAGAAGAUUAAGUGACUUCAAAUAUUAAUUAAAAUAUUUACUCCUAGUUAGCAAAUAAAAAUAUACUAGGAUGGAUACAUCUUAAAAUUCAUUCUAAAAUCUUAACUCAAGAUUCUAGAAAUGAAUUUUGCUAAUAUUCUUUUCCAUAACUGGAUUAAAUUAGCUGCUUCAGGAUUUGGUAUGAUGAAUCAAAUUUUAAUACAGUAAGCAAACAAAAGAGAGGAUUACUUUCAAGUUCAGUAGAAACAAUGAUAAUAGCACAGUUAAAUGAUUUUAGAGUUGUUUUUAUAGACUUAUAUAAACAAUAAGCAACAUUUUCAACUUGCAAAUUUGAUACAUAUUUUUAUUAAAUUGCUUAGUUUAAAUAAAGCUAUAUUAUUUUGAUUCCUGCUGCCACUUCUAAAAAGAAAAUCUCAUUUUUAGAUUAAAGUUACUAAAAUCCUUAAAGCUAGAUGAGAAAUAUGAAAGGAGUUAUUUAAGAAUCAAAACUCUACCACAAUAAAAUAAUUUUAAAUAUGAAAGACGGAUCUUUCAAGGUAUUAAAUGUAGAAAAUUAUACAUUAUAAGAAUUAAUAAUAGCUGAUCCUAAAUAUUAGGAAACAAGAAAAUUUAUUAUUGACUAAAACACUAUAAUUUACAUAGAUGAAACGAACUAUGUGCAAACAUUCAUAUUUGAUAGCAAUUUUAGCACAGUCUACAAUUCUGAUAAGUUUUUAAUCGAAGGUAUAAAAGUAACAAAUACGUCUAACUUAGAGCUGACAUCAAUUAAGAAUGUAAUUGCUUUGAUAGGAGAUUAAUAAAUACUUUAUAUUAAUUACUAAACACAUGAAAUAUUUCCGAUUUACAAUUCUUAGAGCUAAAAAAUAGUUGCUACUGAUUUUAAUAUAACUUUAUCAUUGAUUGUUAUCGGCUUGAGUGAUAAUAGAGUAGAAAUAUUGAAUGUAGAAGAUGUUUCAAAGCCUCAUAUUACUUACUAAAUACAAGCAAACUAAAAGAUUAAUACAGUUCAUCAUUCUAUAAUGUUUUUGAAUAGAGCUUAUAUUACUUAUGGCAAUAGUAUUAUUAGGUGGGAUGUAGACUAAAAUUAGCUUAGUGAAGUAAGUGUUUAUGAAAGUUAAAUUAAAUCUAUUAUAUUUGUAGUAGAGCUCUAAGCUAUAGCUAUCUUUUUAGAAAAUGGUGUAGUUUAAAUAAUUAAUGAUGACAUAAAUUCUUUUUAUUACAUAAAUGUUUAUGCUUUGACUCAAUCUUAUGCAAAUGUUGAUCAGCUUAUAUACAUGCAGGGACUCAAUAGUCUUGCGUUUAUUUCUGAUCAUCGUAUAUGGGCUUUAACACUUCACAGCUUUGCAGAUGAUGAUAAAUAGAAUUCUAGGUCAAAAAUUGAAUGCGAAAAAGGAUUUUAUAUAGAAAGUAUGAGUGGUUAGGAAUAUUAUAAUAUUCUAGGUUAAGGAAAUCUUGUUCAGCCUUAUAAGAAAGUAAGUGCUAUUAGAAAAGAAACAAUAAAGAUUGGAAAAAGUCAUAAAAUAUUUUUAUAUAAUAAAAUAAAACUCAAUUUCUACUUGCAAGAAGGAAAAAUAUAUGAGUUAGAAGAACCAUUUUAAUAUGCAACUUAAAAGAUAAACAGCAUAGUCACUUUCUAGACAUAUCGGACAAACAUAAAUAAAUAUACAGGUUAGGAUUCAAAUAAAAAGAAAACAGCAUCUUAUUACUACGAAAAUGAAAAUAAUAUAACAACUACAUUAAGCAUUAAAGACAGUUACAGAUUUGAAAAUAUCUAAAAAUUAUUUUUCUACAAUAUUAAUAUUUAGUUGAAAAAUCAGAUUGAUUAAAAUAGCGAUGUAAGGUAUUCUGUUUUUAAUAACAUUGAUCAAAUUUCUUUCAUAGGAUGUAAUUUUAAUCCCAUCAACAAUAAUUAUGAUGCUUACAUUUUUGAAGAUGUUAAACUGCUUAAAUUCUAUGAUGUCAAGAUAAAACAGAGCCAGUUUAUAACUAACGACGUUAAAGCAAUUUAUAUGGAAGAAGUAUAAUCUUCUUUGAUACCUCCUACAGAUAGUUAAAUAAGCAAAAAAAAAUGUCUUACUUCAAAUUAAGUACUUUUCUUGUCUGAUUCUUAACAAACUCGAUUAAUAAAUGACCAGAUUUUAAAAAAAUAGGUAUGCAAAUACUAUUUCUUCUAUCCAGUUAAUCAGCAAUCAUAUUUAUUCAUAGAAGUGGCUAAUUAGGAAGCUAAUAUAAACCAAAAAUAUUCUGAUAGUUAAGAAAUAAGCACAGUUUCUUUGAAUGACUAAUUAUUUAAUAUAACAAAUCCUUAAUUAAAUUAAACUUCUGGCUUCUAGAGUAAUAAACCAUUAUAAAAUUUUUUAAGUUAAAGUUAAUAAAUAAUGUAAUAACUUUCAAAAAUGAAGUUACAAGAUGAUUAAAGUGUUUAAUAAAAUGAAAAUAAAAACAUAGAAAAUUAAUAUUAAGAGCUUAAUUUAACUAAUUGGGUAAACAAACAAAAUAUAGAUUUGAAUGAAGAGGAUUCUUAUCUGAAACUUAACUAUACUCUUUAUAGCCUUAAAAAUUGUACAUUUUACUAUGCUAACAUUUUUACUUUCCUAACCUAAAAGGAAUUUUAUAAUAACAGCAACUCAUCAUCAGAGUAAACUAAUUAUUUCUUAUCUCCUCAAUUGAAUAUAACAAAUAGUCUCAUAAUGUAAUCUACUGUAUUUAGUGGAUAGGAAGUCGAAUAAGACUAAUCACUAUUUAAUCAAUAUGAUCAGGUAUCUUAAAAAUAAUUAUACUCUUCUUAAGCUUAAUUCCAAAUAACAAAUCAUGUUAUUAAUUAAUCUUCUCUUUCUAAAGUUAAUCUUUAUGAUAGUGAUCAUUUUAAAAUUAACAAACUGUAAUAGCUUCGCCUCAUCAAUAGCUAUUUUAAUAAAACUACUUUGAAUCUAGUAAAUAGUAAUGAUUAUGAGGUAAGCGAAAUAUUAAUCUACAAUAGCACUUUUGAGUCUCUUCCCAUUUUCCCCUUAUUUGAUUUAGGAGAAAAAUUUAAUCUGAAAAAUAUUUACUUAUAAAAUAAUGCAUUUUUAAGCUAAAUCAUAUUUUAGUUUAAAUCUUAAUUCAAUAAUAAAGCUAACUCUAAUAACUAAAUUGAUACUUAAGAUUAAGAUGAUCAAUCAAAUAAUGACACUGAUACUGUUUAAGAAAACUAGAAUAAAUUUUUAUAACCUUAAAUAAAUAACUCAACAGUAACAAAAUUACUUAUUUUAAAUUGCACUAUGAAUAAAACUACUGUUUUUUCAUUUAAUGAGUUAUUGCUAAAGUCUGAUCUUAAGAUUUUAAAUUUUACUAUAUUCAAAGUAAAAAUGGUUGAAACUUCAGUUGUAGAUCUAAUGAAUUUCUAAAAGGGCUCAAAAUCACUAAUUUAAUUCUUAAACAUAGAUUAGGUAGCUACUUUGAGAUCUUGCAUUAUUAGAAAAUUAAGUGAUUAAAGCUUAAUUAUAAAAGAUGCAAAUAUUCAUAAAAGCUAUAUGAGAUAUAGCAAUUUUCUACAAACAAAAAGACCUUUUUCUCCAUUUAUAAUGGCAGAAAACUAUUUAAUGAAUAUUUUCUCUAAUUUAAUUGUCAAUGGUACAUAUUGGUUUAACUCUAAAUUAGCUGAGCUGGUAGAAAAUUCUUUGUUACUUUUUAGUGAUUCUCUAAUAUAAAAUAAUACUUUUGCUUCUGAAAUGUCAAGCUAUGAAAGACAAUCAAAAUAUUUAGUUGAAUUAGAUCAUUUAAUUGUUUAGAAAGUGGAUAUUUAUUAAAAUCAAUUUUUAUAUUAGCUUUUUUGUGGACCUCCUUCAAUUAAUAACUAAUAUAUAGAUUAUAAUCUUAACAAAAUUAAUAUAACAAACAAUACAUUUACAGGCUAGUCAAAUGGAUUAUUUGCAGAAGCUACUUUUAGCAUUAUAUCUACUGGAAGCUAGGUUGAACUAAAUGAAAUAACUAUGUAAGAAAAUUGUAGAAAAGAUAGCGGUGUCUCUAAAACAACAUUCUUGGUGGAAGGCUAUAAAUUCUUUUUCUUUUAUUUUGACAAAGUUUUGAACACAAAAGUUAUAAGAGCGGAAAUGAGUAAUAACAAAGAUAUUGGUUUUGGUGUUUUUAAGAAUUCAAUAGGGUAGAAUUUAAUUGACAAUCUGAUUGUAAGUAAUGAUGUAGAGGAUAGUAUAGACUUGAGUAUAAAUGUAACUACAGCAAUAAAGCAACCCAUAUUAAUUAUAAGAAAUGGAGCUAAUUUUAUAAUUUAAAACUCAAUUAUUAAGAAUCUCAGAAUAUACAAUUCUCCUGUCUUUGAAAUAGAGUCAAACAAGAAUUUUUACAUAUAGUCAAAUGAAAAUUCUACAUAAGAGCAAUAAAACUAAGAGACAAUAGCUAUGAUGAAUUUUAAAAAUGUUACUUUUGAAAAUAAUGCUAUUGAAAUAGACCCUUAUGUUUGUUUAGGAAGCUUUAUUGAAUACACAUCUAACUUAGUUACGAAAUUCGGGUUAUUUUAGAUUUCUUUCAUCUCAAAUGUGAUAAAAGGUUUGAAUUAAAAUUCAUAAAUACAAGCUUAGAUAAAUAUCCAAGCUAGUUAAAGUGAUGUUGUGAUACAAAACUCAACUUUUAACUAGAUGAAAGAUUUUAGAUUUGUCAAAAAUAUGGCAGAUUCAAUUUUUCUUUAAGUUGAAGCAAGAGCUAUUGGAAUAUUUAGCUCAAAAUUUUUAUCUGCACCAAAUAACUAAACUGAUGAAUAAGAUAGAAAUGCUCUAAAAUUUAACACACAAGUCAUAGGAUUGUUAAAUUAUUAAAUGCUUAAGUUUUAACAUAAUUUUAUAAGUUAAAUGAGAUCAUAAAAUUUUGCAAUGUUGGAAUUAGCUACAUUAUCUGACGCAGCAUUUACACUGAUAUAGGAUUGUUACUUUCAAGAUUUGAUACCAAUAUCAAAUGCAAUUAAUAUAAAAGGCAGCUUAUUUAGCAAUAAGAUACAAAUCUCAAAUUGUACUUUUUCAAAUGUUUACAAUUAAAUAAUCUAGAUAGAUAGAAUUAAAAACGUCUCCUUAAUUAUUUCAGAUAAUAGAUUUUAUUAAAUUUACUCACUCAAAAAGACUAUUUUAGACAUUUCAAAUUAAUAGUAAGAAAGUAGCUCAAUAAGCUUUUAUAAUAAUAAUGUAGAAUUCAGCUAAAAAGAAAUAAAGGAAUCUUUGAUUUAUUAUAGUAAGUCAGAAGCAGUAUUUGAUCACGUAAAAUCUGUUAUAAAUGGAGCUAGGUCUCUUAUGAAUUUAACUCACGCUAGCCAACUCUUCUUUUCAAAUAAUAGAUUCUCAGGUUACUACUCUGGAAGUGUUGUCUUAACAGAUAAGUACAUGAUCUAAAUUUCUCAUAUUAAGUAAUUGUAUUUACAGAGCAACAUAUUCUAAGAGUUAAAUAACGCUUUUAUUUCAACUUUAAUUUUAAAUAAUAUAGAAAAUGCAGUCAUUUCUAAUUUAACAAUGACAAAUUGUAAUUCUUUGGACUUGCACAUAUUGAAGCUUUCAAAUAUAAAAAACAUUUAGAUGAGAGAUAUUUACUUCCAUAAUAAUACCCUUCAAAGCUACUCUAAGAUAGCUUGUAUUCAAAUUAAAAAUACUUGCUUUUAAGCUCAAAAUAUCCAAAUUUUAUAAAACAACUGCAACAGCUUUGGGCCUGUAGCAAUUUAAUUCAAUAGAUUAGCUUAAGAUUCAAGUUGUAAGAUAUACCAAUAGGAUUAAUAGAACUCAACUGUUGUAAAGUCUCAUAUUAUUAGUUCUAUUUCUGAUUCGAUUAUUUCAAGUAAUUUUGGGUUAGAUUUUGGAGGAUUGUUUAUACAUAAUACUGCUUAAGCAAUGUUUAUUGUUAAUAAUACUCAAAUCUAAAAAAAUACUGCUUAGAAAGGAUCUGGAGGAGGUAUAUUCCUUCACAUUGUUGGGACACACAAUUUCUUUAUAGAAAACACUAUUAUCUCUAAAAAUUAUGCCUAUUAUAGAGGUGGAGGUAUUUAUGUUGAAGAAGAUAUUCCUGAGACCCUCUUUAAGCUAAAUAAUAGUUUGGUAUAUGGAAAUAUUUCACCAUAGAAUCUAUAAAUAUGUUCAAGUGGAAGGUUUGCUCAUUUCAAAGUCUUUACGGACAAAUACCAAACAGAACAAAGCUAUCUUUAUUAAAAUUAAAGCAAUUGGCUAGUAAUUACAGAUUAACAAAGUGGAGGAGAACUACCAAUAAUUUUAACUUAAAUUUUAGAUUACAAAAAUCAAAUAGUUUUACCAUACCUAAAUCCAUCAUUAAAUAAAGCUAGCUUAUCUUUAUCUACUAAUUCUUAAAAUCAAGGAUACUAUUUGCAAGGAUAGCUAGAUGUUGAGUAUGACCUUUCAAAAGGAGGGUUUUUAUUCCAAAAUAUAACAAUUUAUGGAAAACCUGAUACAUUAGUUAAUCUAACUUUCACUACUUAAAUGAUAGAAUUUGACGGCAUUAACUCUACCUAAAAAUUAUAAACAGAUUACAAAGUUAAAUUUUCUGUGAAACUAAGGAGAUGUAUUGUAGGUGAAAUAUACUUUAAUAACAAUCUUUAUCAAUCUUGCUUACCUUGUCCUGAAAAAUAGUACAGCCUUGAAGACCCUUUCAAAAAUUAAAAUAUUAAUUGUUUGGACUGUCCUAAAUUUGCUACUUGCUUAGGAAGAAACUUAUUAUCAAUUAACUCCGGGUAUUGGAGGAAAGACAACACAAGUCUGGAUAUUAUUUAUUGUGGGACUGAACCUAGAAAUUGCUUAGGUGGAAUUUAAGCUGGAGAUGAGAGCUGCUCAGAUGAUAUGAUAGGUCCUCUUUGUGAAUAGUGCGAUAUCGAGAAUGGAUAUACAAAUAUUUCUUCAUCUAAGUGUUUGGCAUGCUCCGAAAUUGGAUGGACUCUAACAAUCAUACUAUCAGUCUUACUUUUUUUCUUGAUAUAUAUUCUUAUAUCUAUUGAUUCGACUGUCAGACGUAUAAAACAUUCUAGAAGUAUAUGCUCUAAAUCAAAAACUAACACAGUUUUUGUUGCGUCCAUGGUGGUUAAGUUGUUCAUUACCUAUCUUUAAGUUAUUAGUAUUAUUGGUACUUUCUAGCUUAACAUCAAUCCUUUUGCCACAUAGGGAACUCUGUCUCUAGGAAAUCCUAUUCUUUCUUUCUCUAACGCUAUGGAUUGCUAUCUGUACGAUUUAGGAAAAAAAAUAGGAGUCAACCAUAUUUACUUAAAUUUCUUUGCCUCUUUGUUGAUUCCUGUAACUUUUAUGCUAUUAAUAUCUCUUGUAGAUUAUCUGAACAAUAGAAAGAAUUAUUAUUAUAGAAGCUAUUUCUGUAAAACUAUGUUUUUGGUAAUUUUGCUUUUCUUUGCUCCUCUAGCUUUCUAAAAUGGGCUCAAAUUAAUUACUUGCAGAAAAGUUGGUUAAGAUUCAUAUAUUUCAUACAAUAUGUUAUUUGAAUGUCUUACUCCUGAAUAUUUCAGAUAUUCUAUUUUGGUAGUUACACCAUUAAUUUUUAUAUUUUGUGUAAUUGUCCCAUUGAUCUUAGCUAUUCUUAUUAAAAAGAGAAAGUAAAGAAAAGUAUCUAUUAAGACCUAUUAAUAUUUGUUGGGUGAUUAUAAAGAAACAACUUACUACUGGGAGUUCGUUAAGUAUACAUAAAAACUUACUAUUAUGCUAAUUUCUGUGUACUUCUCCUAAGAUAUCAAAACAAAAGCACUGUUGAUAAAUUUUAUUUUAAUUAUCUAUGGAACCACAGUAUUUUUUGUGAAACCCUUCAGAACUUAAAUAUUAAACAGGUUAGAUAUAUUCACAACUUUGAUAAUAUUCCUCUCUGUUCAUUUAGGUUUAAUGGCUUAUUAGCAGGAAAGCCAAAAUGCAGUAUAAUGGUACAUCUGUAUAAUCUUACUCACUGCAAUGAACUUACCAUUGUUCUUUUGGUAUAUUUAUACUAUCUUCAAAUGUUAUGCUCCUUGGUUUGCUAUGAAGAAGAGAAACUUAAAGAAUAAGUUAAUGAGAUUCCGUAUCUUUAGGUCGAAUCAAAAUCCCAAAGAAAGAGCUUAAUUCAAUUGGAAGAAUCUAUACAAAAAAUACAUCGAAGCUAUGAAAGCAUAAAAAUAUGGUGGAAGAUAAAUAGAUCCUCAAAGCCAAAAUGAUAAUGAUUUUGAUCACAUUCCUUUCUUAAGAAAUAAGAAAGAAGUUUCAUUCCACUCUGAAAAUACAGACAUUAAUUUCAACUUAACAAAAGAAGAAGAAAACACAAAUCGUUCAGAAGCAAUAAGUGACUACGAUGAAGAAUCCCCAGUAAAAAUAUUAAAUCUCUAGUUUAGAAAGAAAAUAAGAAAGUCAUUUGAAUCUCCUAAGGCCAAAGAUUAGACAGCAAUUUUAAAUAAUAGAAAGAGAUAUAACACUACAUCAUAGGCAACAAGAAAAAGAAAGUUAUCUAACGACCUGCUAAAUGACACUCAAAUAGUUCACUCCAGAUUCUCUUAAUUAGUUUAAGACUUAAAGGACAAUUAGCAAAGUGCUGAUAGUAAUUUAGCAGAUUAAAGUAAUGAGAUAAAAAGAGAAAAAAGCAAAGAGAGCGAUAAAUUAGAUAAUAUCCCAUCUCAGAACGAAAUUUGA